AUGACGAAUCAGUGUUCAUCCAGACCCCUCUCGGCUCCCUCCUUCAACUCACUGAACUCCAAUGACUCACCCUACAUAGAACACACGAAGAAGGACUCGCGAGGUGUCUUGGUAACCAAGCGAUAUCUCAAGGGAGGGUUGCUGGGGAAAGGAGGCUUUGCAAAGUGUUUUAAGAUCACAGACGUUGAAACAAACCAGGACUGGGCUUGCAAGGUCGUGCAGAAGUCUUCCUUAACAAAGCACAGGCAUAAAGUGAAGUUGCAAACGGAGAUUAAGAUUCACAAGUCGUUGAGCCACAAGCAUGUGGUGAGAUUCGAAGACGUGUUUGAGGAUAAGGAGAAUGUGUACAUCAUCAUGGAGCUCUGCACAAAUCAAACCAUGCUCGAGUUCGUGAAGCGUAAGAAGCGCCUCACCGAAUCGGAGACCCGUCGUUAUAUGCUUCAGAUGCUCGAUGGAGUACGUUAUCUUCACCAGAACAAAGUAAUACACCGAGACCUCAAGUUGGGAAACCUGUUCCUCAACCAUGGCGAUGAUGUCAAGAUAGGAGAUUUCGGACUUGCGUGCAAGCUUCAGUUUGAUGGGGAGCGAAAGAGAACACUGUGUGGAACACCGAACUACAUUGCUCCCGAGGUUCUGGAUGGCAAGAAUGGGCACAGUUAUGAAGUUGACACUUGGAGCAUCGGAGUAGUCAUGUAUACCUGCCUGGUUGGCAAACCUCCUUUCGAGACUGCGGAUGUCAAGUCCACCUAUAAGUUGAUCAAGGCCAACACCUACACGUUCCCGGACCGGCUCCUUGUCUCCGACGCUGCCAAGAGCCUCGUCCGCAGGAUCUUGAAAUCUGAGCCGGAGCUGAGACCGUCUAUCGAUGACGUAAGUGCUGCAAUGCAAGGAAAAUUCUGUAUCCUCACUUUCUCGACAGAUCUUAAGGUCUUGGAUUGCUCUCCAAGGCUCCGAGCCUGCAGUCAGGUCCAGGAGCCCAUCCGACCCGCGCCCAUCCCCUCCCUUGGGUCUGCCGUCAUUCCUCGAGCUUCUACCGCCAUGGACACCAAGUCACGAGCAGGUACGGGAAAGGAAAGGCGAGGCUGGGCUGGGGCUGGGCAGAGCAGCUGGAGGGCAGCUGACGGGGCGGCUCUCUCUAUCAUGCACAACAACAUCAAGCAGGCGUUCAAUGUCCAGCAGGCCGCAGGCAAGCUUGACGUCCCAAGCUCAACCGACAUGCCGCUGCCGAGCGUGUGGGUCAGCCGUUGGGUUGACUACUCCAAGAAGUAUGGCCUUGGUUACAAGCUCUCCAAUGGGUGCAGUGGUGUCUUCUUCAACGAUGCUACGAAGAUGCUUCUCGCCCUUGACGGAGAGAACGUUGACUACAUCGAGAGAAUGCGCAGGGAGGAUGGGGUCAAGUAUGACAUCCGCAAGCCCACAAAGCUCAAGGGACACCCGGCCGAUCUCACCAAGAAGGUGACGCUGAUGGAGCACUUUAAGAACUACCUGGAUGAGACCCACCCCAACCGCGACUCUCCUCUCCACCACCCAGUCGAGAGCAGGGAGGAGGAGCUGGCAAGGGACGGGGUGUACGUGCGCAAAUGGAUGCGGACGAGGCACUCGAUCAUCUUCCGGCUGAGCAACAACAACUUCCAAGUCAACUUCUUCGACGACACGGAGGUGGUGCUGUGGGCUGACAGGCCGUGGGUGACGUACAAGGGGAAGAACAAGUUCCGCAACACUUACAACAUUUCCGACGUGGUGGUCUACCAGGAGAUGUCUAAGAGGAUCAAGUACGUGAAGGACAUCUUGAGCCAGCUUGUAGCUGCAUGA